AUGCAGUACAGGACUAAAAGAUUAAGAAAAAUCGGAGGAAAACAUGCUUCUAGAGUUCAUAGUGGUCAAAAUCCAACUUCGCAACAUCUUGAAUUCCUUAGCAGAAUUGCAAUGAGACAUAAGAUAGACUAUUUUAAUUCUGGAAAGUAUUAUGCUGAGGGUGAUACUUCUGAUUCUGACCUUAAUUCAGAUCCAGAGCCUGAACCAGAAACUCAAGCUUUCACACCCAAGCCAAUUAAUAAGAAUACUUCCACAUCUGCAAUCGAAGAUAUCUAUGACUUAUAUGAAAGUAUCUUAGAUUAG